AUGAGCGAUGGAGAAAGAGAUACGACAGAGAUAUUUGAGCAUCUUGAUACCGGCUUAGUAGAAUUAUUUAUGAGAAAUCAACAGGCGGAGUUGUUCGCAAAUGUACCCGUCAAUGAACACAAUCGAAGGUUAGAUCAAUUAAACCGCUUGUUGUCAGAGAGAAGAUUACGAGAACAUAGCAACAAUCACUUUAUUGAAAUUAGGCAUGGCUAUGGAGGACUCCCAUUUCCCUUUAUACGAUGGGACUCUUUGCUUAGAGAUUAUAAUCCUACGACUAUGGCACGUAGACUUGGAUCAUUUGCAAGAUGGAUUUGGACGAAUCUCUCGUUUUGGAUAGCCUUUCUGUUCUAUUUUCUCUUUAUCGUGAACAGAACUAUAAGGACAAUUAUACGCAUAGGAUCAAUGGUCACAUUUUCGAAUAACUGGGUGAGAGAUAUUCAUACGUACCUAUUUGGAAAUACAGUACUACUUGAAACAUAUCGUGAUCUUUUUUCUCAUAACUUUGACAUAUUUUACUUCUUAGACGGAGAAAGUGCUCAGAAUGAAUCUAAUCUUAAAAUUUUUUAUAAUGUGUUUUUAAAUUGGCUAGCUGCUAACUUGUCUAUUGAUGGUAUGCAUUCCACAGACGAAGGGUACAUAUUUUCCAUAAAUGAUGAUACCUUAAUUUUUAGAUUUUCCAAAGUAUUUCAGGUUUAUUUUGGUCUGCAUUUCAACAAAACUACGAUUAAGUUGAUUACGAUAUCGGCUUAUUUAUUUUAUAUUGCCUAUGGAAUAAUGAUAUUCAGCUGUUUUACUUUAAUGUUUAACUACAAUGUUGCUAGGAGAGUAGUUCCUGCUUGGGAAUUCUUCCAGCGUUUUUCAAUGCUAGUAAACAGAGCUGUUAAGUCCGUGGCAUGA